GUCUACCUUGAAGUUUUUUCCAAAUUAUGAUUUAUUUUUAAUGAAACUUUAAAAAAUUAUAUCGCGUAAACCCUGAGUUUCCGUAACUUGAAAUUUGGCAAAAAGCUUUCUAUUUACGAGUACUAUCUAAAAAAAAUUUAACCUCCAAAUCGAUGGACCAUAAAGGAAAAUCUGGCCUUUUUAUCAAAUAUGUAUGUAAUCAAAAUAAGAUUAGUCCAAAAAAUCAAGAAUAAAUAUACUGAUGCAUUCACAAUUAAAAGUGCUUUAGAAUGUUCAUGACACACAGAAACUCAAGAUUAUUGCGUAUCCUUCGUCAAAAUCGUUGGAAAACUACAUCAUGUUCAAAUGAUUUUACAAUUCUCGGAAUUGAAACCUCUUGUGAUGAUACAGGUUGUGCUGUUAUUGAUGGAGCUGGCAAUGUUCUUGGAGAGUCUCUUUAUUCACAGAAUGCAAUACAUGUAAGAUAUGGAGGAGUAAAUCCUUUCAUAGCUCAUGAACUUCACCGAGAACACAUAGAAACAGCUGUAACUGAAGCACUUUCCACAGCAAAGAUUAAAAUAAAAGAUAUUGAUGCUGUUGCUGUUACUGUUAAACCUGGAUUAUUACUCAGUCUCCAAGUUGGAGUUCAGUAUGCAAAAUAUAUAUGUAUGGAGUACAAUAAACCUAUUAUUCCGGUCCAUCACAUGGAAGCUCAUGCUUUAGUAGCUAGGAUUUAUCACAACUUGCCAUUUCCAUUUAUAGUUUUACUUAUAUCUGGAGGACAUUGUCUUUUGUGUCUUGUUCAGGAUGUAAAUCAAUUUUUUCUUCUUGGAGAAUCGUUGGACAAUGCCCCAGGAGAGAUUCUAGACAAAGUUGCCAGAAGAAUGAAACUAAAAAAUAUUAAAGAGUAUUCUCAAUUGGCUGGAGGCAAAGCAGUAGAGGAGGCUGCUAAGAAAGCUAACAAUUCUCAACAAUUCCAAUUUCCUUUGCCUUUAAAUAGAAAUAGAGACUGUAAUUUUAGUUUUAGUGGUCUUAAAGAUUCACUUGUUAGAAAAUUAAUAAAAAAGGAAAAAGAACAUGGUAUUACUGGGGAUUGUUUGAUACCAGAAUAUAAUGAUUUAUGUGCUUCAUUUCAAAUUGCCUUAGCUGAACACUUGGGGCAUAGACUAGAGAGAGCAAUUAUCUUCUGUGAGGAAAAGAACUUAAUCAAUCCUAAUAAUAAAAAUAUAGUAGUUUCAGGUGGUGUUGCUUGUAAUGAUUUUAUAUUUAAAUCAAUGCAAUUUGUUGCUGGUAAAUCUGGUUAUAGCUGUUAUAGACCUCCACCUAAAGUUUGUACUGAUAAUGGGAUAAUGAUAGCAUGGAAUGGUGUAGAAAAACUUAAGAAAUCAUAUCAAAUUCAAUAUGACUUACCACUUAGUGAAAUAGAUCCUAUUGCACCUUUAGGAAAGAGUUUAAUACAUGAAGUAAAAUGUGCUAAUAUACCAGUAAAAGUGACAAAAUUAACAAACUUGUUAUGACAUUCUAGAUAUUUAUUUUAAAGUAAUAAAAUUAAGUAAUAACCAUA